AUGGCUGAAGAAAACCAUACCAUGAAAAAUGAGUUUAUCCUCACAGGAUUUACGGAUCACCCAGAGCUGAAGACCUUUCUGUUUGUGGUGUUCUUUGCCAUCUAUCUGAUCACCAUGGUGGGGAAUCUCGGCCUGGUAAUGUUGAUUUCAAAAGCACAUCAUCUUCACACACCAAUGUACAUCUUCCUGGGCAAUCUUGCUCUGGUGGAUUCUUGCUGUGCCAGUGCCAUUACUCCUAAGAUGUUAGGGAAUUUCAUUUCUGAGAACAGAGUGGUCUCCCUCUAUGAAUGCAUGGCACAGUUUUAUUUUCUCUGCACUGUUGAAACUGCAGAUUGCUUUCUUCUGGCUGCAAUGGCCUAUGACCGCUAUGUGGCCAUAUGCAGCCCACUGCAGUACCACACCAUGAUGUCAAAGAAACUCUGUGUUCAGAUGACCACAGGGGCCUAUGUAGCUGGAAACCUGCAUUCCAUGAUUCAUGUAGGGCUUCUAUUUAGGUUAACAUUCUGUGGAUCCAAUCACAUCAACCACUUCUAUUGUGAUAUCCUUCCCUUAUACAGACUCUCCUAUGUUGACCCUUAUGUCAAUGAACUAGUACUAUUUAUUUUUUCAGGCUCAAUUCAAGUCUUUACCAUAGGCAGUGUCUUAAUAUCUUAUCUCUAUAUUCUGUUUACUAUUUUCAAAAUGAAGUCCAAAGAGGGAAGAGUUAAAGCCUUUUCUACCUGUGCAUCCCACUUUCUGUCUGUUUCAUUAUUCUAUGGAUCUCUUUUUUUCAUGUACAUUAGACCAAAUUUGCUUGAAGAAGGGGAUAAAGAUAUACCAGCUGCUGUUUUGUUUACAAUAGUAGUUCCCUUACUAAAUCCCUUUAUUUAUAGCCUGCGAAAUAAGGAAGUAGUAACUGUCCUGAGAAAAAUUCUAAAGAGAAAAAAAUCUCAAGAAAGUUGGAAACAAAUUACAUCUACUGUAGCUAAGUGAUUUAAAUGCAGAAAAAAACUUCCAAGUGAAACUGCACAGGGGAAAUGCACAAAUAAUAUGUAAAAUACUAAAAUAUAUCACAGUACAAUCAAUUUAAGCAGCAAUAUGUCUUAGAGAAAAAUAUAUAGAAGAAGUAAACUGUGCUAAAUCUUUACCCAAAAUAAUAAAAAUCAAAGCCAAACUUUGAAUUCAUUCAAGAAACAACAAUAUCUUGCCAAGCUCAAGGACUAUCAGCAUCAUGGAUUAUCAGCACCCAAAAGAAAAACACCAAACGAGCAACUAAAAAUAUAAAGGAGAAUUCUAUUAAAAUUUAUAGCCAGCCCACUUUAAUAGUCUUGAGCUUAACUUUGAGUUAAGCUGAAAAAGUUUCAAACAAUGAAAUCAUUUACAGCCGUGAACAACACAGUUGAAGCAAGCAAAUGUUGAAGAAGCACUUUUGAUAGCAUUUGGGGGGACAUUAUUGCAGUUAGGAGAAAAGUAGUGAAGGAAAUGAAAGUGUCAAAUAUAAGCAAAUAUCAUAAAUAUAAUAUUUCCAAGUUGAAGUUCCUAAAGAGUAGAAUAAUUAAACAAAGAAUGUCAAUUUUCAAGAGUAGUUAUCUUACUCCUGCAUGAGUAUGAAUAAAGAUGCCAUACUAGAAAGUUCCAGGCAAGUAGUCAAACAUCGUGUAGGAUUUGAAAAGUGUUUGUUGUCUGUGAGCUAGGCUAAACUUCUCUAUAUCCCUUUCUGAGAGAUGAAGAAGGGGUUCAACAAUGGGGGCACUGCUAUAUUAUAUGUAGACAUGAAAAAGAGUAUGAUUGUUGAACUCUGUAUGUAGCUUCUCUAAAAUAAUUUAUUUAUUUUUCUUUUCACCAUUGCAAAACCUGAAGUUGUGGAACCUACAUAGAACUGAAUAAUUUCACGUAACAUAAUGAAAGAAUUAUUCCCCAAUUAUUCAUUCAAAACAGAUUUGAAGUAGAAGCAUUGCUCUAGGUGCUGGGAUGUAUCAGUUCCCAAAAUAGCAGAUUUUCCAUCUUCUUAAAUAAUAGAACACUGCCAUAAU